ACCGCGGCGAGGUGAGUCGCGGAGUAUUAGUAAGCAAGGGCGGCCAUCUUGUCGAGCUCAGUCGGAAACCAACUGCCGAGCAGUGAGGGAUGGUGAUGAGGAAGAGAGGCCAGAUGUGUUAGACGAAGGGUUUUUAAUGCGCUUCCGAGCCCGAUUGCCGCUACGUGAGGCGAGAGGCUGUGCGAUAGCGACGACGGAGCCACGACGACCAUCGCGGGGCUUUCGCGUGCAAAAAGGCCCGGUACAUCCGGUUAAAAACCUUCAGCGGAGAGGGAGUUGCGGAGGAGCGAGGAGAGGAGGCGGCAGCGGAGGAGGAGGAGGAGGCGGAGGAAGAGGAGGUAGCAGUGAAGAGCAGGUCGCGGAGAAGGUUCUGGCGAGAGGCUGAUAGCAAGCUCAGCUUCUCAUCGACGGAAGGGCUUGGCUGUUUGGUUGCGAGAAGAGAAAGACACCGGCGAAGAAGACCGACGCCGUCGAAUUUGGGAGAAAGGGAGUGAGUGAGAGAGCGGAGAAAAAAAAUCCAGCGCGCGGAGGAUGACCGACCGAGAGAAAGUGCAGUGUCAAAGUCUGUGAUAGUAUUUAUUCAAAAAAACAACAUCAUUAUCAGUAGCACCUGUGAACGUGUCAUCGGCGUUCGCGAGAAAAGAGGACGAACAACCGCGCGAAGGACAGAGAGAGAGAAAGAGAGAGAGAGAAGAGGAUAGGCUUUAUAUAUUUAUUUACAUCUGUGAUAUCAACGCUGAUAUACAUCAACCUUCUUCGCGAUAAAUACGUGACGAAGAGGAGCGACAGAGAGAGAGAGAGAGAGGCGAGAGAGCAACGUGAAGAUCGAGAGAAAGAGUGGGAGGAGGAGAGAGAAAGAAAUCGUUCCGAAGAAAGAUUUAUAUCAGUAUCUUAGUGGAUAGGAUUUUUGUAUAUACGACUGACUCUUUUUUAUAAUUAUUGCUACCGGUGCGAGUUGCGGCAACGGAGAACCAGAACGUGCGCUCGGACAGAUCUCUCGGACACAACAGUGAACCAGAAGAUUCUCUAGCGAUCUCUCCCGCGACGAUCGUUUUGUAAAGGCGACGAGAGUACGCGAGAGGAAACAUGGUGGAGAAGAUUCUGGAGGAAAGAGAGGACGGCACUCAAGAGGCCGGACGAGGCGAUGGCACCUGCCGGGACGUGGCCUCAACUGGGGAAUCUAUGAGCGCGGUGCAGGCCCGUCAGGAAGAGGCGAGGCGCAAGAGGCGCAGGAAGAGACGCUCCGGCUCAUCCGUGGUGUCAUCCUGCUUCCAAGAACUAUACAAACUGACCGGAGAAGUUCUUGGGGAAGGCGCUUACGCCUCUGUCCAGACCUGUACGUCGCUGUAUACGGGCCUCGAAUACGCUGUGAAGAUCAUUGACAAGAUUCCCGGACACGCGCGUGCCCGGGUGUUUAAAGAGGUCGAGACGUUCCACCAUUGCCAGGGCCAUCCGAAUAUCAUACAGUUGAUCGAGUUCUUCGAGGACGAGGAGAAGUUCUAUCUCGUAUUCGAAAAAAUUAACGGUGGUCAGCUAUUGAACAGGAUUCAGGAACGAGUUCACUUUACCGAGAGGGAGGCGAGCCAGAUUGUCAAAGAGAUUGCGAGUGCGCUCGAUUUUCUUCACAAGAAAGGUAUCGCUCAUCGAGAUCUCAAACCUGAGAACCUCUUGUGCGUAUAUCCUGACAAGUUGACACCGAUCAAAGUAUGCGACUUCGAUCUUGGGUCAGGUAUCAAGUUCAAUAACUCGCUGUCUAGUCCCGUAGCAACGCCGCAACUUUUAACGCCGGUGGGCAGUGCCGAGUUUAUGGCGCCGGAAGUGGUCGAGGCUUUCAUCGGCGAGGCCAAUUACUACGACAAACGAUGCGAUCUCUGGAGUCUCGGCGUUAUUAUGUACAUUCUGCUCUGCGGUUAUCCGCCUUUCUAUGGAAACUGCGGCACCGAUUGCGGUUGGGGCAGGGGAGAGAAUUGUCAGGCCUGUCAGGAGUUGCUCUUCACCAGCAUCCAAGAGGGCAGAUAUGAGUUCCCCGACAAAGAGUGGAGAUGUAUCUCCGAGGACGCGAAAGAUUUGAUCAGAGGCUUACUCGUUAAGGAGGCCCACCAAAGGCUCAGCGCCGAUAGUAUUUUAAAACAUCCUUGGAUCAAUCCCGGGCCGACUUCCGUCGAAACUGGUGAUCGAUCACUUACCACGCCUCAUAUCAUAAGGAGGAACAACUCCGCUAGAGAACUCUCAGCGUUCGCUGAGUCCGCAAUGGCUGUGAAUCGUGUGGUACUUCAGCAUUUCUCUCUAAAUCUCGAGGAAUUGGCGGAGAAUCGGGAGCCGAGACUGUCCACAUCAUCGACCGACGACGACAAUCAUCCGUACGGUCAUAUGUCCGACUCUAGCAGCGAACUGUCCGAGAACAGCAAGCAUCUGACGACACAUUCGUCCAGCGAAUUUGAUGGCACGCGACCAAAGUCUUGUUCCGUGCGUUCCAGCGUCGAUCUGAACGAUUCCAAGAUCAUCGGCAAGAAUCGCGUCAUUGGUAAGGACUCUCUGCAGAAUUGGUUCGGGCUAUCACCACCGACCGAGAGUCGUCUGAUGCAACGUCGUUUGAAGGCACGCUCAGAUUUGCUCGAACGCCAAACUGGCAAAGCGGUAAUCGCAUCUCCGAGUGGCUGAGAGGUCGCUGCAGAACUGAUCACUUUUUGUCGCUACAGUAUCACUUGUCUCUUUGUAGCUACGUGAAAACGUGAACGAUGUACAAUACCUUUUCCAAUGGCUUAGAAAGCUAACGUAGCGUAAGUCGAGUCUCUGAUUCUGCGCGGAUAAUGAGAACAGGCUCAAUCAUUUAUGAUAGUGACGACAGCGAUAAUAAUCGAAAAGUAUUCGCCGCGAAAAGUAAUCGAGGAAUAUCGUCGUUAUCUUCUUUUUUUUCAAUAGCCCGUAAGCUUCUUUUGUUUUAAACUUUCUUUUUAGCAGGCAACUGUAUGAUAACCAGACUGUUUUUAUUUCCAAUGUAAAAUCUCUUUACACUCCUCAAAUUAAUCUCGAAUUAAUUGGUAACGUGAUAGUUAUGACUUUGAAUAAUGUAACUAUUAAAGUAAUAUAUGAAAAAUAUAUGUAAAGUAUAAAAUAAGGGAUUUGUAUAGAGUUUUUCGUUUAGAAUAUAAAUCUUAAUACAACAGCGUGCGCGCUGUAAAUGCAUUGGAAUGUACCCUGUUGCGGUACAUAAGGACGAUAUUUAACAUAAUCGGAGCAGAUAUAAUUAUACCGCAAUUUGACUUCAAUCUUCGACGUUGCGCUCCGCGCGCGAGUAAUUCCUUUCCCGUGUUUCAUGGAAAUAAAAGCAGGUCUGAUUUCAUUGAAUUACUAUUAUCCUUGCUGCGUGUAAUCCAUUACUCAUGCAGCCGUAUGUUGCAUAUUGUACAGAUAGUUACACAACACGCGCAUCCAACAUUGUAUCACCAUCAUCCGCAGAUUACACAUACAAAAUUCACGUAUCGAUAUACAUUCGAAUAUUUCGUUCAUUCGCACAUCGACAUCGUGUUGUGUAAGUGAAUCAACAUUGUGGAAAAGUAUACCCGAACGCGAUUCGGACGAUAUGUUGAUGCGUCGGCUGACGUUGACGCGACCUUAUUCUUUCGUUACGCGCACGUUGAGACACCAUGCGCGCGUUCGUGUGUAGGACAUAAAAAAAGGGAGGAAAGUAAAGACUCUCGUGAUUGUGAUAAUUCGUGCGCUGUUGUACGCAUGAAUGUCCUAUUACGUAAAUGUUAUUUUUACUUCUUUUUUUGUUUGCUGAAUUCUUUAAAUUCGAAAAAAAAGAAAAAAAAAGAAAAGAUCGACAGACGCAACCGACGUAAAACGAGAAAGAUGUUCCUUUUACUGUUUUUUUGAUAUUGUUUCACAUAUGUUCGAGCCAUAAUAUAUUCUCAAAUCAGAGCAAACGGAUGAGCGUAUUUCGACCCACAGGUGCAGAUUAUAGUUUGCUCAUAUUAGAUGAAUAGAAGCGCGGUAGAUCGUAAGUCAAUAAGAUUUCGAAGCAACAUUUCAAUGAUGAUAAUUACGCCGAAAGUGGAGCAAAAAGAGAAAGUGGCUAGUUCGUUUGAAAUUUUCCAGUUAAAAUCGCGGGAUAUCGUUUAUCGAUUAGCAUUACUUAUCUUUGUAGAGUUUUAUCGACCAAAAAUUGUUUUAACGCCAGCCCACCUAUGAUAACGCUUUAUAUUUUCGUACCAAAUUAUUUGUCUUUUCUAAAACUUUGUUCUGCAAUUAUGCGCGAAUCUACAAAACAGUUUGGUUCGAAUAGAAAUAAAAUUAUCGAUACUUUUUUCUUAUUUUUAUCGUGUGUUUUAAGAUAAAAAAAAAAAAAAACAAAAAGAUAUAAAAAGAAUUUUUUUUCAUUCAACACGUCUUGUGAUGCGGUGGAUAGAUUUUACUCAGGGCAACUGGGGAGACCGCUGCGCACGGUGUUCUAUACAUUACACUCGUACAAUUUAAAAGCGAAGAUAGGGAGAGAAUGUAAGAAGAGCUAUCUGUAAGAUUUACAGAGUGCCGUCCCUCCAGAAUUUAAACAUCGGAGCUGUUGACAUUUUGAAAUUUCGGAAUCUUCCUUGUAGAAACGCGAAUAAAAACUCUGGAGGGGUUGCGAACAUAACAAGCGUUUGUACAUUGUAAUCGCAUCAUUGGAAAUUUUCUUAGAAAGUCAUUCGCUUGCUGUAGGACAUGGCGGAUAUGGCUUUUGUCAACUACUGUCUUCUUUGUACUUUGUAAGUACCGAUGUAGAGUUUAUAGCGCGCGCGUGGAUAAGAUUAUAUAUAUGAAAAUCCGUGUAAAUAAAAAAGAAGCUACAAUGUGUAGAGAUAUGGAAAGCAAUAUAUAAUGCGAGCUCUCUUAAGUGGAGAAUAUUGGAAGAUUAAUAUAUUUAUCGGCCUCUUUGCGCAAGGCCAAAGAAGUUUCCGCGUCGUUCCUUAAUCAGCUGUAAAACAUGUCAGAAAUUACCUUUCUAUCAUAAAGAAAAGCUCAUGUUUCCCGCUUGUCUUUCUUAAUUUGUUUUGCGCGAAGUUUCAUAUAGUAUAACCCACCUUAUACAUUAAGCAAUUAAGCAUAUGCUCAGAAAACCUACAAAAUUAUUCGUUAUCCUUUCUAUUGGGUCCUGAAACGAAGGGAUUUGUUUUGUAUCGAUCGUGCGACUUGGUAAAAUACCAACAUAGGCUCGAACAGUGUAAGUGAAUGCUCUUUCUUUUUUUUCUUUUUUAAUUAAAAAAGGGAAUAUAUAAUAUAAGAAGAUAUGAAAGUGUGGUGCGUAAGGAAGUGUGUCGCGUAAGGAAAAAAAUAUAAAAGGAAAAGAAAAAAAAAAUAUACAAAUGGCCAUAAUAAGCAGAUCUGUAAGCGUAACGAAUUUAAGAUUGUAUAAUAGAAUGUGAAUAGAAAUGUAUGUUUGCGCGUGCGUGUGCGUGUGCGCGCGUCGUGCGCGCGCGCGCGCGUGUGUGUGUGUGUGUGUGUGUGUGUGUGGUACGCGCGCAUAUAUAUGUGUUUAUGGCGAAGCAAGUGUGAAGAAAGAGGAAGCGUAUGGAAGAAACUAAUUACUAAUCGUUAAGAGAAAAUCCAAUACCUUAUCGUAAGUUUGUAGCAUAAGAGCCAUAAUACAUAACAUGGCGUAAUGAUCUACGAGACGUAAUUCGUAAACGUAAGCAACGAGCUUUGGCGUAUGCCGUAGAAUUGCCAUAUUAAAUUCUAAAAUUCAUACGCCAAAGCUUGUGCUAUGACUUAUGUCUAUCGUAGAUCAUCACAUCACGUGCUAUGUGCUAUGGCCUUAAAGGCACCGCUGAAUUAUACCGACUGGUAGAUUGUUGUUUAUUUUUACUUUUUUUACAUACGCAUCUCUCAUUGUAACGCGAAUGGAUCAAUUCGAUACUUUCGUUUACUCUUUUCACGAGAACGGUUAACAUAAUUGUUUUCGAUCGCCGAAGAUUGGAAUUGUGAUAACGCUUUUGUGCAGUGGUUGGACUUGUAAUAUCGGGUUUCGGUAUAGCGCAGCGGUCAGUUAUACAUGUGAGAUGCAGACAUUAUCAUUCUCAUUCUCUUCUCUAUAGUACAUGGUAGUACGUCGUAAGUCCUUUUGCCGAGUGGCGAUUAACGAAAAAGAAUGUAACCGUGGGAGACGUUGGUGUGUGUUUUUUUCGCGUCGUGCCAACGCCGUAGCGCGCGGUAAUCCUACGAAGAACGAGUCACGAUGUGAGGAAAGCGAGAAAUUUUCGUUACAUUUUUUCAAGAAAAGAAAGCGUGAAAAAAAAAACGAAUAAAAAUAAUUACCACUUUUAAUAUGUGUAUGUGUGUUAUAUGUAUGUAUAAAUAUAUGUAUAUAUUAAAAGUGGUACGCAUCCCAUUCCUCUCAUCUUCUGUCCGCACACUCUUCGUAGUAUCCGCGGUUGACACAUAUCUUCACGGAGGAUGCGCAUUUUCUUUUUCACCAAGGAAAAAAAAGAAGAUAUACGAUAUUGAGCACACAACAGGGCGCAUCCUCCUUUUUGCGAGAGAAAAAUAGGAGAGAUCUUGUCGAGCACAGGCUAUCGUGUUCGAGAUCAGAUCACCGGCGAUCUUUGGUUUCGACGAAAUGUUCAGUUACGUUCUGGAAGGAAAAAAAAGAAAAUAAAAAAAGAGUGUGCGGCGACUCGACAAGAGCUGAUUUUCCAUCACUUUUCUUAUUCUUGUAAUCGUAGUAGAUAUAUCGCCCGAAGAUGGGAUAGUAAGAGAACAUUGGAGAAUGUAAAUAAGAUUUAUCUCGUAGCUAUAGUGCCUAUAUCUUAAAAGAAUUAGAUCGAUAGGUAGUAGCUCCCCGGUUUUCAUCCUACCAAUCUUCCUUUCCAUCGCCCUUCCCACAGAACGCAACACACGUCCCUCGCAUUUUCAUGGCCUUCUAAACCAUCCCUUGUCCAACCUCUUCCUUCUCCUUCCCUCUCCGCGAAAUCGAGACAUUCCUCUCCGAAAUGACCUCUUUAUCGACUUACCAGAUCCCCUUCCCAUCCUCGCGUCGCAAUCCCUACUUCUAUGCGUCCCAAAAAAAUUGUUAUAAAACGAGAAAAAUGGCCAAAAAAUAUUUUUUAUUUUUCAUACCCACUUGUAUGUAGAACAUAUACGAUAUAUUUUUUUGACACGGUUGAGGAGACGGAGCUUGAUUGCGAAGAAAGAAGGGAGUGGUCGUAUCGUAUUCCCGGGGAUCGUUCUCUCCCUAAAUUCCGAUUGAAAAUAUCUGGGAGAAAUGUCGGGGGAUGCGAUGGCCUCUCUUUUGUUCCUUGCGUUUGGUGCGAUAUCUUACUGCUUAGUAUUAGAGAUUUUGUAAACCGAAAUCGCUCUUCAGUUUUGCGAGAGUAUGAGUGAGAGAGAGAAGAGAGAGAGAGAGAGAGAGAGAGACGUCCGAGAAUAAGGGCUGAAGUCCACUUAACAGCGUGCUCACGUACAAUUUUCGAUACUGAAUUGUGAAAAAAAAUUUUUGUAAAUACGUUUAUUUCUAAAGGAGGAAUAUCAAAUCGAAAUUUCUUUUCGAUUUCACCGCAAGUUUUAAUCAAAUACAAAUCGUUUAAUUUGUAUCUGGGACAAUCGUACCGUCGUUCUCCUUUAAGUACGCGAAUAUGCGAUAUCGUCGGAUUCUAAAUGUCAAAGCGAUAUCAACAACAUCAUGUCGUGAGCACGGAGGCGCUAAUUUCUCGUACGUACUUUUAUCCGUAUUUUAAGUGGCGCGCGUUAGUUGCGCGAGAAACAUUGUAAAUGUUGAGACUGGAUUAUGAACGUACAAAAAUACCUUAUAUCUGUAUAACAAGACAUGUUAUAAUCACUUCGCGAUUCGAUCAACGCGUACGAUCGUCCGAGGGAGCGAGAAUGCUCGUAACGUGAUUUUGGUUCGAUCCGCGUGCAACCGUUCUUACGAUUCGAACAACUAUCCAUGAAUCCGAUUGCAGAUCGGCAAUGGCGUGAUUUGAAGAAAAGAAAAAAAUAAUCUGAUUUGUCAUUAAUUCCUCACACAAUUGAUCAUUAAAAUGUAUAUUUUUUAAGUGAAA